UGUAACAGUGAGCGAAGAGAAGUCACAAUGUAUGGUAGAAUUUUAACUAUUGCUCUGUGAUAAAGGGCUAGUUCACUAAAACCAAAAGUAUCCACUUACGUGUUCCCUUCUGUUUCAUAUAUAAAAAGGGGCGUUUGUGCAUCUUCCAGCGCUCCUUCCAAGACCCAAAUGUGCUCGAUAUACAAAACAAAGAAGACAAUGAUUAUACUUGUUGUCACUUUCAGCUUCAUGUUGUGCUGCAACGCAGAGACCAAAGAACAGCGAAUAUAUCCUCGUAUACUGGAAGAGCGCUCGACAGCAGGAAAGUUGGUUCUCAUGCUCAACAAAAUGAUAACGCUAAAUCUAGAAAAGAGCACAGUCUUGGUUGACAAGCUCCUUUUUGUUACAAGCGCCAAAGAAGAACAAAAGUUGGAAGUGGUAGACACGUCUGAUAUUCAACGAAGCAUAUACUAUGACACACAUUACCAGUCAUCUGUGUUGGUGCGGCAGGAAGGCGGCAAUGUGGAAGUUCAUCUGCUGCAUUCGUUGUUCAAGAUUGGGCUGCAGAAGACUGAGCAGCGUCUGAGGUGUCAGUGA